AUGUGGUCAAUUCUUGUCUUCCUUGUUUGUGUGUGGGCAACUGCUGCUCAGGUUGUCAGACCUGGUGGAUGUCCAAAGACUGUCACUCAAACCACACUCGAUUUACCACAAUACCUCGGAAACUGGUAUGAAAUCUACAAAUUUUGGGCAAUUUUUGAAGUUGGACAAAAAUGUGUAGAAGCCAACUACCAAAUUAAGAACAACAGUCAUAUUAGAGUGGAUAACGCAGGUGUCAGAUCUGGCAGCAAAGUAGAAGCAAUAGGUGACCUCUAUAUGCCAGACACUAACCAUCCUGCUAAUUUAAAAGUCAAAUUUGCUGAAAGUGCUCCAUAUGGAGACUACUGGGUAUUAGACACGGAUUAUAAAAACUAUACAUUGAUUUACUCAUGCGGUCCUUUCCUUGGACCACUCGGACAUGUAGAGUUUGCAUGGAUACUAAGUAGACAAAGGACUCUGGAUCAAUCUAUUGUGGACAAACUUAUGGCCAAGGCCAAAGCUUUUGGAAUAGACAUAGGUCAUUUUUCAAAGACCGAUCAAACUGGAUGUUAAAAGACAAUUAUUUUUUGUGAUAAUUUAUUCCGUUUUAUAUCUUUGUUAUUUCUAAAUAAAAUCAUUUCUAAAGAA